UCAAAGUAUAUUAAUAUACUUUGAUUAUAUAACGAAAAUAACAUAACAGUGUUGUAGUGGACAGUACAAAAGUGUAGAUAAUAUUUAUAUAACAUGUAUGUUUGGCCGUAUAUACCUAUCAGACCCAAGAUGCCAUAGAUAAUAGUAAAAUAAGAAGAAAAAACAUAUUGACGUCUUACCUACGUCAAUAUUGAAACAUUUUAAAAUAUUUAUUAGGUAAUGGUUUUUGUACAAUAAUUAUUUUAACUGGAAACACAAUAAAUGCAAGUAAAAGUUUAUCAAAAUGGUAUCCCGCUGUCGAAGAUUAAUUCGAGAAAAAGAACGAAUAUUUGCCGAAACAGACACAUCCGGAGAGCAAGAUUUCUUAGGAAUGCUAAGAGAGAAAGCAGCCUCACCUAUAACCUGGAACGAGUCAAUACCGGGAAUAAAAAUCCAAGACCUUCAACCCAAACGAUUCAAUGAUGCCAUGGACUGUAUCAUCAGUGACGGCAUACCCGUGGAUAUAAUUUAUAAAAGUACGAAUAUUUUAGAUGAUCCUGAAUCGAUGGAAGCUUUUCAAGAGAAAAUGUUGUUUCUCAUGAAAGACAGGACGUCUAUAAUAGCUGUUAACGAUGAGAACGAAAUUGUAGGGGUUCUGGUAAUGAAAGCCGUAAGAAAAUAUGACUAUUCUAAAAUGUUCAGUAAGCUACAGAUCAGAAGAGGUAAAACUUUUCUUAUCGUCAUGAGAUUCAUCAACAACAUCUACAAGGAAGUCGAUAUAUUUCAACAGUUUCAAUGCGAAAUAUAUUUGAGGUUUUACUUCAUAUGCGUAAAACAGACUUACCGAAAACGCAAAAUUGGUAAUCUAUUGAUGUGGACCGGCUUAGAUGUAGCGCGUCAUUUGAAGAUCAACGUUAUGAUGGGCCUCUUUCCAGCCGCAAAGCUUCAAAGUACGGCUCAUAUGAUGGGAAUGGACGUGUUACGUCAUUAUUUCUUCAGUUCGUGGCACGAUAAAACUGAAAGCUUAGUUUUUAGAGGAAUCGGGGGAGGUAAUUAUUCUUGUGCACUAAUGGCUGGUUACGUAAAAGACAUUAAAGCCGACGAUGAAAGAAAAUAAAUGCAUAUAAUUAAACUAUUAAAAAUAAUUGAAUUUUAAUAUGGAUUUUAUUGUUAGUAGGAUAU